AUGGAGUCGAGCCCCGACGCGCUAGGCGUCUCCACCAGCUCAUCGCGAUCCGCAUCCCCCCUGCGAGCAAGGCGCGUUGCUGUGACUUACGGUCGUCGCCGUGAGCCACCUUCCGACGCAGAUACCUCUACAUCCAGCGCGUUCUCCUUAUCAUCUCGUGCUGAUCCAUCUCUACUACCGUCGUCGAGUGCUGAUGAGGAGAUCCCUCCGAGCUCAGAUAUUGAUGACGCACUGGAUUAUUCCAUUACGCAUGCGCGCGAUGACGACGCUAGUGACAAUGACAAGACUGGAGACUCCUUUGAGUUCCCUUGGAAGAGGCGGCUACGAAAAGUCGACACAUACUACGCUGAGCGUAAUACUAUGCCUGAAUUCAGUGGCGCAUACAGAGAUGGGGGCACAGGCGCAAGCCCUAGUUCAAGUCGGGGUGGGCGCCACAUCGUCUCCAGAACUUCUACAUCUAGGGAUACCUCUGACGGGGAAGGUUCUCUUAAACCACUUUCCAGCUUGCUCGAAUUUUCGCAAGUGAGGCAACAAUCUCGUUCUCCAUCACCUGUGAUACGCCCCCGACAUCGGGCCAGAGUGGCCACAGCCGGGUACGACUCAGACGAGGAUGUUCAUGACUCUCCAAAGCGGUAUUCGUCGGCUCUUAAUUCGGGGUUGUCCCCGGCGGCUCAAUCUCGUGAGCCUUCUCCCGCCACCGAUCGGGGAAAAGGCAAGGCGAAGGCUAUUACUCCCGAGGAGUCUGGGGAGGAUGAGUCUACAGCUUCUGUAAAUCGACUUAGGUCGAAACGCAAGCGUCCGACCACUCAGCCCAAAGAAAGGCGUACAAAGGCGCCAACGCGAAAAGAACGUGAAGAUACUCAGAAGGCGACGGCACGCUUGCUUGCUGAACGGUCCACAACGGUUGCCCGAACUCAAACGAGAGAGAUGCGGGUCACCGACCUACUCCACAAGAUCGCGUUUAAUUAUGACUCUCAGCCACCGAAGUCCGAGAACGUUACUUCCGAUCCAAUUCAGCCUUUCUCUUCAUCGCCUGCUGUCGAGCACAUCGCCGAUCAUCCUCGGCGCUCAGGUCCUGACCCGUCAAUUUCCGCGGUUCUCGAGUGUUCGCCGAAAAUGCCAAUCACUGCGACCUUCAUCCAAAACGGCCUCCUAGGUGCAGUUCCCAUUGAAGUGUCACCGUUCGGUCACAAUGGCAGUGAUGACGAACGUCCUGAAGUGAGCGCAGUCCUCGCCGAGCAUGAGGCACGGAGUGCCAAGCAGACGAGAGGGGAGGAAGCCAGGCGACGCCUGUUGGAGCACAAACGGCGUGCCCUGGAACGAAACCAACAGCAUGCAGUCAUUGUCGCGGACGAAGACAGUGAUCUCGAGAUUGUAUCGGAAGACCCGCGGCUCGUCGCUAAUGAUGAGGCACGGUCCAGAGGAAGGCAGAGUGCCCGGAGCACGCAGUAUUCAUUGGGGAGGCAACUCCAACUCGCCCACGCGGGCCCGUUGCGACGUUCGGAGGUCCGUCAUUCAGAUGCGACAAAUGGUCUUGACAUGCUCAGGAUGGCUUCCGCCCCUGCCUUCGGCCGUCCAGUCAAAGAGACCAAGGAUAUGGCAUCCGUUCAGCUGAGCCAUGGAUCUUUGAACAAAUACCUCUUCCGGAAGGUGCAGGGGCAGGCCGGCGAGGAACGCAGGCUCAAAGAGGAGGAGUGGGAACGUCGCGGCGGCAAGGUCAGGUACAAGAUCGUCGAUGACCGCGCUCAGGACGCAAUCCUUGGGUACAUUGACAGAGGCCUUUCGGCAGAGCAGGCUCGGGAUGAGGUUGGACAUGCUGACGAUGACGAUGACGAGGACGAGGACGAGGAAGCUGAUCCUACUUAUGACGACGGUGAUGACGAGAACAUGCCACCGGCUCAGGGAAUCGAAGACGAUGCAUCAGAGUAUACGGCCCCGAGAGAGGGAGAGUCUGAGGCAUACGAGGAUGACGAUGAUUGGGAGAAUGACGGCGGGUUGCGGUAUCGUUCUUCGAGGAGCUCUUGCCGAAGAAUCUCGACAGUCCACUCGGACCAAGAGGACGAGACAGAUGAUGCAAUCGGGAUGCCUGAUGAACCCCGAGACUUUUCUCCACAACGCCGCCGUGAUGCUUCCACGACUUCGACUGAACUAGAAGGGACGGACAAAGAGAAUGACUACCGGAUGGUGUACGCUGCUGGUGAAGACAAGGAAAACGCUGCAUUCCCCACGUCAUCAUCAGGCCCGCGUUUGGCGUCGGACAGACGCGGUCUAUUCGACUUGUAUCUUCGCGACCAAUCGCCUGUGGAAGUGCUUGAGGAGUCCGAUGAUGUUCCCAUGGAGAACACUGUUGAGGACCGCAGGCCGCCCCUCAAAGAAAUUUUGGGGGCGGAAACGGACGAUCCAUUCGCUUUCUCAAGUCCCGCUCGCAGACUUGUAUUUUCGGUGGAUGACGAGUCAGAGCAGUCUACUUCGGACAAGCCUUCGUCGGGGCGCAAGAGUAUUAGAGAUGACGUAGGCUUGCAGGACACUCUUUCUCUUUUGCAGCCGGCUGCUCCAUCAGAGUCUGGCUUCUCUCAAUUUUUUGAGUCUAGUGCAAACGCCGGGGCACCUUCACCUGCGGUACCGAAAGCUCUUCAAGCUGGCGGCUUGUCGCAAUUUUGGUCCCAGCAACCGGUGGAUGCAGGAUUCGAGCGCUUGAGGCAAGAGAAGCAGGCCCAAGAACUUGAACUUACCCUCGACGCAGGUCUUCAGCCCGCUCUUGACAUAACACAAGGUCGUCGCAAGAAGGCGGACGAGAUUUUUGAAAAAGAACAGCAGAUGCUUGCGGAAAGCGCCGCCGGAAAGCAGAAGAGCAAAUCGAAAGACUAUAUCAAUGAGCAUGGCUUCCUGACACAGACUGCACAGACGCCGAGACUUGCUAUGGUAUCACCACUCUUUACUCGGACGCAGGCGAUUUCACCUUUGACUCGCAAGGGCCCUAUGGCCCCGCCAUUGGUCCCUCGACAGCCACUUGCUGCCAUCGAGUUGGGCAUGGAGGGAGACGUGGAGGAAGACCAGCCUAGACGGCGCCUCGUCAAACGCCAAAGCUCGCCGACUAGAAGUAACAGUCUCGAAGUUCGUGAUGCUAGCCCAUCCCCGAGUCCUAGCAAAUCACGGAAUAGCAAACCACGGAACGUGUUCGAUGUGAUGCAGCGCGCAGCCAAUCUGCAACAUCGAGAUGCUGCAAAGACCGAGCGCAGAUUGCAGAAGUCGGAGUUUAUCGAAGGAGAAGCAGAGGAAUCCGAUGACGACGCAAUGAUGGGCUUUGGUCCUCGUAAUAAAGUUGACGAAGACGAAGAAGACGACGAGAGCCAGGACCAGACUUUGACUGAGCUUGUCGACGACGCUGCGAUGGAUGCAGAAACUCUAGCUGAGCAUGCUGUUAUCGAGAAACACAGAGAGCAUCAGCAAAUCGAUGACGAAGCCAAUGAGAAGCUUCAGAAGGAUGUCGUCGCCGGCAAUUGGAAAACCAAAAGGCGUGAUCGCGGAAUCGGCUUCGAGGAUAGUGAUUCUGAAGACGACGAUGACGAUGACGCUAAGGCUCGCCGGAGAAAGAUGUCCAAGAAGCGUAGGAUUGAAGACGAUAGUCUUGAGCAGCUUGCCAAGAACCCGGAAACAUUGGCAUUCGUCCAAGCUUAUCAUGCAGAUGAUGCCGACGGAGAUGACUUUGCUCACCUGCAGCAGGACGAGAUGACUCUGAUCAACGAGCAAGAUCAGGAGAACGUAGAGGAUGACGAGCCAGAGUAUGUGUCGACAACGGAGCUCACACGGCAGCUUCGUGAGGCUGCGCAAGACGUUGAGGCGCAUCGGGCGUUCGAUCCUCAUGAUGUCUCCUGGGUAGAACAAGACGCUGACGAUGACGAGGGUAUCAUCCCUGUCAAAGAGGUCCAGAAGCAAUUUAAUCCGCGUCGAGGUGCUGACUUGGACGCAGCCUUGGAGAUGAAACGCACCGUUGCAGAAGACGAGCGUGAUCGCGCUCGCUUGCAGACUUGGGCCAAGGGCGAAUCGCGCACAGCUGGCUCCAGUCGCUCAACAGGUAUCUCUGCAGUCACUGGUAGUGGUAAACGCAAGCCGGGCAGAGGUCCCUUGUCCGAUGGUCAACGCGCAGUUGCAAAAUCCACAACCCGGGUGUCGAAGAGUAGCAGCGCUCUAUCCAGCAAACGGCAGCACACUAUCGCGAGGAGCGAUGUGCCCCCGCCAUACACCUUAGAACCCCCAACAACGUCUCCACACAGUGGAGCGCAAAACCAGAGUUGGGACUCAUCAGGAAGGGUUGGACCGAACCCCAACUCGGCGAGGUACCCACUCAGCCAAGGCAGAGCCCGUAGCUCUAGUAGUCUGCAGAAUCCCGGUCUUCCUUCUUACAGUUAUACUGGGAGUGCACAGCAUGAACGCACGCCGCUGAACCCAAGUCAGCACCAAGGAUACGCUUACACUUCGUACAGUGUCUCGGUACGGGAGGUACCCUCCCGAUGGACCUCGUUCUAUCGCUUUAUGAUCAUGGUCCUUGUCAUUGCGGUCAUCUACCAGAUGCAUGAACACCGGCAGACGCUGUCUCAGUAUCCUCCAACACUUGCGGAACGCGAAGCUAUUCGACGCGAAUGGGAGGCGGAGCGCGUCACAUAUGAUACCGAGGUUGGCCGCGUUCGGCGCUCGUGGGCCCUCGAACGCGUAGAGCAUGAUCGCGAAAGCGAGGACAUGCGGCGGGAGAGCGAGCAGUGGGAGCAGGAGAAGGACGGGUGGAAGUACGAUAAGAUCGAGGCGGGCCGGCGGCUAGGACUGCAUUGGGACCAGGUGCAAGCUCGUCGGUGCGUCGCAUUCGGGACGCGCGAGUAUGUCGCAAGGAUGGAGUUCGAGCCGAGAGAGGCGUGCGACGUGAUGCCUGUGAAUAUUGGCGGACGUAUGGUAGAUUCCCCAGGGUUCUGUGAGAACACGCGUUGGGAUGGAGAUAUAGUUGCCCACUGGUUUGUAGAUAAAGAUGAAGGUUGUAUGCCACAUUGGGGUCGGGUCUACGAUAAGGGCUGCGUUGCGCCAGGCCUGCAUCGCUGGGAAACACGGUUGUGGGGCCUCCAUUACGGAGAGGACUGGCACGCUAUGUGCAAGUCCACGCCUGCCGACGUUGCGGGCAGACAUUUUGACGGCCCAACGUAUUGCCAGAACCGGGGUAUCUUCUUUGGCAUGGUGGGUAUGUUCCACGGCACAGACCUUACGUGCCCGUAG